AUGAUUCGCACAAUUCCCUUCUUUGGGUUUUAUAUAUAUCGCAAUUAUGAUAUUUUAUUAAUCGAUUGGCAUAGUGCAAUAGAAAUUGGUUUAAAUGCAAAAUAUAGUGGCACAUUAUCAACAGCGUCGAAUUUUGUUCUUAAUAAAUUAGCAAAGGAUACAAAUACAGCUAUUCAAUGUUUUCCAACUGAUGACUAUAUUUCAUUGAUGAAAAUGAUUCUAUUAGAAAUAAUUUCAAAAGAAUUCAACGAAGCAGUUUUAUCAAAGGUAAAACAAGCAUCGUAUACUGGUAUUAUUGGUGUUUAUGAACAAAUAGAAAUGAGUUAUAGAAAUAGACAACCUAUAAUAUUUAAAGUAAUCCAAUUUUUGGAAGAAUAUCGGAAUUCUUUAAAUGGUGAAAAAUUAAAUAAUUAUAUUGAUGAAUGUAUAAAGAAACGUCAAUGUCUGUUUGAAUUACAAAAUCAGCAAUCAGAUAUUGAUUAUUUUUAUCAAUUAGAAAAAAAUUUAUUUUCAUCUUGA